AUGGAUGGGUCAGGUGGCUCAGUUGGACACAUUUCAAACACCUGCUCAGCACCACAACAGAGGGCUCUGACCUUCCCAGAAGAUCCAGGGCAACAGGUUAUCAAAUGUAAGGCAGCUGUUGCCUGGGAGGCUGGCAAGCCUCUGUCCAUUGAGGAGGUAGAGGUUGCACCACCAAAAGCCCAUGAAGUUCGUGUCAAGAUCAUUGCUACUGCUGUAUGCCAUACUGAUGCUUACACUCUGAGUGGUGCUGAUCCAGAAGGGACUUUCCCUGUCAUCCUGGGUCAUGAGGGAGCAGGCAUUGUAGAAAGUGUCGGGGAAGGAGUGACUAAAUUUAAACCAGGAGACACAGUUAUUCCUCUGUAUAUCCCUCAGUGUGGAGAAUGCAAGUUUUGUUUAAAUCCUAAAACAAAUCUCUGCCAGAAAAUAAGAGUCACCCAAGGGAAGGGAGUGAUGCCAGAUGGGACUAGUCGCUUCACAUGCAAAGGAAAGCAAGUUCUACACUUCAUGGGGACAAGCACUUUCUCAGAGUACACUGUUGUUACUGACAUCUCUCUGGCUAAAAUUGAUGCUUCAGCUCCCUUGGACAAAGUCUGCUUGUUGGGCUGUGGAGUUUCUACAGGCUAUGGAGCAGCACUGAACACUGCCAAGGUGGAACCAGGCUCUACCUGUGCCGUCUUUGGCUUGGGUGGAGUUGGGCUAGCAGUCAUCAUGGGCUGUAAAGUGGCAGGUGCAUCCCGAAUCAUUGGGGUUGACCUCAACAAAGACAAGUUUGCAAAAGCAAAGGAAUUUGGGGCAACAGAAUGCAUCAGCCCUGAGGACUUCAAGAAGCCUAUUCAGGAGGCCCUGGUUGAGAUGACUGAUGGAGGAGUAGAUUACUCAUUUGAAUGCAUCGGCAAUGUUGGUGUUAUGAGAGCUGCCUUGGAAGCAUGUCACAAAGGCUGGGGUGUUAGUGUGAUUGUAGGGGUUGCAGCUGCUGGCCAGGAAAUUGCCACCCGUCCAUUCCAGCUGGUCACUGGCCGAACAUGGAAAGGGACUGCCUUUGGAGGUUGGAAGAGUGUAGAAAGUGUUCCAAAGUUGGUAACUGAAUACAUGUCGAAAAAGAUAAAAGUAGAUGAAUUUGUGACUCAUACCCUGCCUUUUGAAAAAAUUAAUGAGGCCUUUGAACUCAUGCAUGCUGGAAAAAGCAUCCGAAGUGUUCUAAAGUUUUAAGAAGCUGGAAGAAGGAACUCUUCUUACUGUAGCAGUACAUCAGAGUUAUGCAGUAUGAGUAGGAAACCCAAGUCUAAAGAAGUUCUUCAGUUAGAAUUAAACUGACCUGUUCCAACAAUGUAGAUUAAAAAUAAAUACUGAUCUCCACACUGGAAUAGCAGACACCAGGAGCUGAUUUUGAAUAGAUAUAGUAUCUUAUGUUUCCUAUGUUACUGUAUCACUAAGUGCUAGAAACCCAACUGUACACUGAACGCAUUUAAGAUCAAUGUUGCUGCCUUUUCUUCUUAAAUACCUUGCAGCGAAAAAAACUGUUUGGCAAAAAGAAUCAUGAUUAAAGCCUAAUUUUCCUAUA